AUGCUGGCGCAACUUCCCGAGCUUGACACGGUGACGUACGUGGAGAAGAUGUACCCGGUGCCCUGGCUGGCCAAGCCCACUUUCCCGAAGUGGGAGAGGGGCUGGCACGACCCGUAUCACUACCGGAGCCCUCCGAAGGAGGAGAUGCCGGACUACAAGACGCGACCUUGCUACGAGUUUCACCGCAGAAGUCGCCUGCAGGAAGGUGUGAAGCAAGCAUUGUGGCUAACCAAGGCAAAGCUAAUAAAAGGCUUACCUCCCCCAAUUCUUAACAUAAUGAAUGACGUAGCUCACCAAUUGGAGGAUCAGGAUGAGAGAAUCCAGAAUGCAAUUUCUCAUGCUUGCUUUUGGGCUGGCACUGAGGAAGAUAUUUCAUUUGAAAAAUACAGUCCUGUGCUUCUGGAAGACUUGCUCCAUUUGUGCAGGUCAAUGACUGUCAAAUAUCCCUUACUGAGUAAAAGAAUGAUGGCCCAAGACUACAGAGUAACAGCUACAUGGGAACGAGAGUCUGCUCUCAUUCAAAUUCAUAUUACUCAUGGAAAGCUUUUGAAUGCAGUAAAUUGUCUACAACCUAUAGCAUCCAAUGAUGAGAUAUUAGCCACUGAAAAUUAUGCUUUAGAAACUUUCUAUCCUAUUUCACCUAUAAUUGAUCUUAGGGAAAAGAAUGUGUACAAAAUAAAAAAUGACACUGGCUUCAACAAAGGUUACCCAUAUCCUUAUCCUCACACUGCAUACACUGUUGAAACUGGAAAAAGGGAGAAAUCAGAACAUUUUCAAGCCAGAGUUUUGAUGUUUGCUUUUGGGAAUGCUCUAGCCAAGGCUAAGGAACUCUAUGGAGAUGAACCCAAGGUCUUGGAGAAGCCCAUUGUUGUUCAGAGUAUUGGUACAAAUGGCCAGUCUUUCCAAUUUGUAGUGUUUCAGUUGAAUACAACAGAUUUGGACCCUAGCAAUGGUGUUAAAAACCUGGCCUGGCUGGAUGCAGAUCAGCUUUUGUUUGAGGAUGCCAGGAAGCACCCAGAAAUCAAGAGGAAAGAAGUUUUGAUUCCUGCUGGAAUACAUGGCUACAAGUCAGACACCUUCAAGAAAUUCCUGGCAUUCUACUUGCAUGGUGUUGUGUGAACAGGUCUCAAGGAUUCAACCUGCAUUUUCCUAUUUCUUCCUGAAAUAUUACACUUGAAGUACAAUUAACACAAGAUUGAAAGAUAUGUGUAAUAUGUGUAAUUUUUAAUAAAGGAUUUUUUAAAACACG